CUCUUCCUCCUCUUUCUCCUCCUCCUCCUCGCGCCGCCACCCCGCGAACCCUAAAAACCCUAGGCAGCAGCCAAAAUCCGCGGCCAUGGCGGAGGAGCAGGAGCUGAGGGAGGCCAUGGCGAGGCACGACCUGACGGCGCGGAUGGCCGGCCACAUGGACUGCCACCUGGUCUUCCCGCUGCUCGAGUUCCUGCAGGAGCGGGAGCUCUACGCCAACAAGGAGAUCCUCGACGCCAAGCUCCGCCUCCUCCGGGGCACCAACAUGGUCGACUACGCCAUGGACAUCCACAAGUCGCUCCACGACACCGACGACGUCCCCGACGACAUGGUCCGCCGCCGCACCGAGGUCGUCUCCAGGCUCAGGGCGCUCGACGAGGCCACCGCCCCCAUCGUCUCCUUCCUCCAGAACCCGCAGCUCGUCCAGGAGCUCAGGCCCGACAAGCAGUACAACCUCCACAUGCUCCAGGAGCGCUUCCAGAUUGGUCCUGAGCAGAUUGAGACUCUGUAUCAGUAUGCCAAAUUUCAAUUUGACUGCGGAAAUUACUCAGAUGCUGCUGUCUACUUGUAUCAAUAUCGUGCUCUGUGCACAAACAGUGAGAGGAGCUUGAGUGCCCUGUGGGGAAAGCUGGCGGCCGAGAUUUUGAUGCAGAACUGGGAUGUUGCACUGGAGGAGCUCAACCGUUUGAAGGAGAUUAUUGAUUCAAAGAACUUCUCAUCACCACUAAAUCAGCUCCAAAAUAGGAUAUGGCUGAUGCAUUGGAGUAUCUUUAUCUUCUUUAACCAUGAAAAUGGCAGGAACGGGAUCAUCGAUCUGUUCUUCCAGGACAGGUACUUGAAUGCGAUCCAGACAAAUGCGCCCCAUCUUCUGAGAUACCUUGCUACAGCGGUUGUUGUGAACAAAAGGAGAAGGAACAUGCUUAAAGAGUUGAUUAAAGUCAUUCAGCAAGAACAGCACAGCUACAAGGAUCCCAUUACUGAAUUCCUUGAAUGCUUGUAUGUUAACUAUGAUUUUGAUGGUGCACAACAGAAACUCAUAGAGUGUGAACAGGUCAUAUUGAAUGAUCCUUUCCUUGGAAAGCGCAUUGAGGAAGGGAAUUUCAUUACUGUCCCCUUGAGAGAUGAAUUCCUUGAAAAUGCUCGUCUGUUUAUCUUUGAAACCUACUGCCGUAUUCAUCGGUGCAUUGAUAUUGGCAUGCUCUCUCAGAAGCUGAACAUGAGCUACGAUGAGGCGGAAUUGUGGAUAAUGAACUUAGUUAGGAAUUCAAAACUUGAUGCCAAGAUUGAUUCAGUGUCUGGAACUCUUAUCAUGACGACCAAUCAUGUUAACAUCCAUGAGCAAUUUAUCGAAAGCUUGAAGAAUCUUAACAUGCGCACUUUCAUGCUAGCAAAGAACAUUGUGGAACCAGCUCAAGCAGCACAACAGGCAACACGUUGAGAUUGACAGCGAAAACUACAGUUUUGAAGUGCCCAGUAUUAUUUAAGUAGAGACAGCCUUGUAAACUUUUGGGGUCUUGUUGUUUAGCAUCAACUCCACCUUAUCAUUACUUAAGGUUACCAAGGAGUGAUCUGUCGUCCUCUACAGCAUAUGCUGACGUUUUUUAUAUUUUGUACCUGGAAUCCCGUCGCUGAAGUUAAUUCCUUUCUCUUUAGUACUACAAAAUCAAGCAUAGCUGAUUGAUCC